AUGUCGAUCGAAACGCCAAUGCCGAGGGCUAAAAAGGGUGAUCCACGAAAGUUGGAAUUACCAGAAAAGGACGAAGAAGAAAAUCAAACCCCAUCAGUGAGUGCUCAAAAAGUGAAGAAAAAAGCCAAAGAAGAAAUGAAAAAAGCAAUGGCAGCAAUAAAGGUGAUGAACAGCCGAAUGGAUUCCGUGCGAAACAAAUUGAUGAGAGUGCGAUCGAGUUUGGAAUCUAGCCAGGACGUUCCAAACCCGAAUCUGAAGUGUAAACAGUUCUUACAGCUUCAGCUAAAAACCAUCGAGAGUGCCUUUGCGGAAUACGACCAGCUUCAACAGAGAGUUUUUGAAGUGGACGUUGGAGACGAGGUACGAGAGGAGGCUGAGGAAGCAUAUGUUAGGUUUGAGCAGCAAUACGGUGAGUUAUUCAUCUAUAUUUCUAAAUUGAUCGAUGAUAACAUUAAGAUGGAGGAAGAUGCUGCUCGCACCAUCCAGCCGCUACAAAGUAUGCAGAAUAGGACAUCCGAAGUUGCGCUACACCUACCACCGUUGAAGGUUCCGUUACCCACUUUUGAUGGGACGUAUGAGAAUUGGUUCGCCUUUCGAUCUAUGUUUGAGACGAUUAUGCAGCGGUACAAUUCUGAAGCUCCCGGUAUUAAGCUUUACCAUCUCCGAAACUCGUUAGUGGGCAAAGCCGCAGGUAUUAUUGACCAAGAAAUCAUAAACAAUAAUGAUUACAAUGCUGCGUGGAAGAUGUUGAUUGAGCGAUACGAAGACAAAAGGCUCAUUAUUGAUAAACAUAUUGAUGCUCUUUUCAACCUUCCAAAACUACUGAGCGAAAAUGCGUCCGAUCUACGAAAACUUAUUGACACAUGCACGAAAAAUGUUGAAGCUUUAAAGAACCUUGGUCUUCCUGUAGAAGGAUUAGGGGAGUGCAUGAUGAUCAAUCGCAUUGUUUCCAAAUUAGACACCGAAACUCGCAAAGCCUGGGAAUUGAACCACGUAGACGAUGACUUACCAGGAUAUGACGACACUCUUGAGUUUCUACGAGAAAGAUGUAAGGUAUUGGAAAAGAUUCAACCUGCAGUGAAGCAAGUACUGAAAAACCAAAAACCAGUACGCAACGUACAAGAAGCGAAGGGAAAGACGAGUACCUUACUCACUGUUACUGAUAAGUGUCCGCAAUGUUCUAAUAAUCAUGAGCUGUGGAGAUGUGAUACGUUCAAGAACGUAAACUUAUCCGACAAGUACAAUACCCUGCGACGCAUUGGUGCCUGCUUCAAUUGUCUCCAGAAAGGGCAUAGACUAAGUAACUGCACGUCGAAACAUACUUGCAAAAAGUGUCGGAAACCUCAUCACACAAUUCUCCAUCCUGAUGAUAGUGCGAAAGAGUCUGAAAAGUCGUCACCGUCCGCAAAGAAGGCAGAGCAAACGAAAACUUUUGAGCAGUCAUCAACGAGCGGUUCGACUGUAGCUACAAUAGAUGUAGAGCAACAAUCUAAUUUCUGCGCGCAACCAAAAAACUUGGGAAAGCAGAUACUUCUUUCUACAGCAGUCGUUCUUGUCCACGGAAAGGGCGGUCAACAGUAUCCCUGUCGAGUACUACUGGACUCUGGGUCGCAUACGAGCUUUGUGACCGAGCAGUUCGCGACUCUUUUAGCGCUAAAGAAGCAUCCAACAAAUGUGCACAUCAGCUGUUUGAACGAUACUCAGACCAAAGCUCGUCUCAAUAUCCAUACCCAAGUGACGUCUCGUGUCAACGACUACACGGUUUGCUUGGAACUGCUUGUGGUUCCCAAAAUCACGGGAGUUCUGCCAAGUAGUAAGGUGGAUAUUAGUACCUUAUCUCUCCCAAGCGGAAUUGAACUCGCAGAUCCAAGAUUCCAUGUCCCCGACAAGAUCAACAUGUUGUUGGGAGCAGAUGUAUUUUUUGAUAUGCUGAUGAUAGGUCGACUUCAACUACCAAGAAGUGGUGCUUUACUACAAGAAACUCAGUUUGGAUGGGUUUUGAGUGGACCAGUUCCGAACGAAGAUUCUCGAGUCGUUCAUUCCUUCUCCGCUACUGCCUACGAAGAAAGCGUGGAUACAUUGGUGAGGAAGUUUUGGGAAAUUGAGUCGUUCGGCGAUAUCGAAGGAUUAAAUUCUACUAUUGAAGAAGAAUGCGUGCAACAUUUCGAAAGAACGCAUCAGCGAAUGGCAAACGGCAGAUAUUUGGUGCGUUUACCGUUCAAUGAUAAGAAGAUCCUACUGGGAGAUUCGAGGCGCAUGGCCGAAAAACGAUUUUAUGGAUUGGAAAAACGUCUGAACGGCGUUCCUGAGCUGAAGCAACAGUAUAGUGACUUCCUGCGGGAGUACGAAGCACUUGGUCACAUGAUCGAGAAUCCGAAGCCCGAUGAUUCACAGGGUUUCUAUUUACCACACCACUAUGUCCUGAAACCCACUAGUUCUACUACAAAGUUACGUGUGGUUUUCGAUGGAUCAGCAGCGUCAGAUACGGGGAUUUCAAUCAAUGAAACCCAAUUGAUCGGGCCAAUUGUACAAAAUGAUUUGGUCUCGAUUCUUCUGAAUUUCCGUAUCCAUAGAUUUGUGUUUACAGCCGACAUCUCUAAAAUGUACCGGCAAGUCGCGGUACACGAAGACGACCGAAGAUAUCAGAGAAUCUUGUGGAGGGAAACCCAGAAUGAACCAUUGAAAACGUACGGCUUGCAAACCGUAACGUACGGCUUAGCUUCAUCGCCAUUUCUUGUGACGAUGUCUCUCCGUCAAUUGACUGACGAUGAAGGAGUACAGUAUCCAUUAGCCUCGAAGGCGAUCCAGAAAUCUUGCUAUAUGGAUGAUGCGCUCUUUGGAGCUGAUACAUUACCGGAAAUCAUUGAAUUGAAGAAUCAGACCGUAGCUCUUCUGGCAAAGGGUUGUUUUCGUGUACACAAAUUUGCCUCGAAUUCCCAAGAACUACUGAUGGACAUCCCAGAAGUCCAACGAGAACGUGGUAUUGAAAUCAAGGAUACGAGUAUCAACACAAUUAUGAAACCACUGGGUGUGGCGUGGAUCCCUGUCAAAGAUGAGUUUACAGUAGUGCUCUCUACACAUCCAGUCGACAAGUACGCUAUUCACACAAAACGAACAAUUUUGAGUCAAAUUGCAAAGAUAUUCGAUCCGUUGGGCUUUGUAGGUCCGGCGGUAACUGCUGCUAAAUUAAUUAUGCGUGAGCUGUGGUCAUUGAACUUGGAGUGGGAUCAAACGGUUCCUGCAGAUAUGGCGCAGUUAUGGAUAGAGUACUACCAACAGUUACAAACUCUAAACAAUAUCAAAAUUCCGCGAUGGAUUUUGAGUGAAGAAACCAGUGACAUCGAGCUCCAUGGGUUUGCUGACGCUUCAGAACUCGCGUACGGCGCCUGCAUCUAUACACGAUUGAAACGAACUGACGGUACAGCGGAGAUGAAGUUAGUAUGCAGCAAGUCAAGAGUGUUACCCAGGAAAACAAAGGAACAGAAACAAAUCACCACACCACGUGCCGAAUUAUUGGCGGCAGUACUAUUAUCACGGUUAACUGUGAAGAUACUAGCUGCGUUCGAUAUACAAUUUGGUUGUGUGACUAUGUGGAGUGACUCGCAAAUUGUCUUGUGCUGGAUUCGGAAAUCACCUAGUGAGCUGAAAACGUACGUUAGCAAUCGAGGCCGAGAAAUUCAAAAUACGACUGAGGGAUUUCAAUGGAAAUACAUCCCAACGAAGGAGAACCCUGCUGAUUGUUUAUCGCGUGGAAUCGCCCCGAAGAACAUGGAGUCUCAUUCGCUCUGGUGGACUGGACCAACAAUGCUCCGUAUUGCAGAUCCAAUCAUUGUUGUGCCGCCUGCACUGGUGGACGAAGAUAUUCCUGAAGUGAAGAAGACAGUGUUAGUAACAGCGGUCACAGAAGCACGGCUACCGCUUUUCGAUCGAAUUAGCCGUUUUUCAAUUAUUCUGCGUGCUAUGGCAUAUGUGGUACGUUUUUGUGAUUUUUUGCGUAGCGGUAGGAAGAAACUCACUAAGGGUUUACCUACGACGGAUGAGAUUUCACGAUCUCACGCAUUGAUCAUGCGGUUAGUGCAAACUGAAGCAUUUGCUACUGAGUUGAAGUUAUUGCGAACGAAGAACCCCAGUUUGAAACUUCCCUUCCGGAGCUUGCAUCCUUUCAUCGAUCCAAAUGAUGCAAUUCUGCGAGUCGGUGGCCGUUUGAGGAACGCCCAAGUUCCUUAUGAGUACAAGCAUCAAGCGUUACUCCCGGAAAGACAUCCCGUGACAAUAACAUUGAUACGAUACUUACAUCAAACCAAUCUUCACCCCAGUCAAAGAAGCUUGCUAGCUAUAGUAAGACAGCGAUAUUGGCCUCUACGAGCAAAAAACAUCAUCAGAAAGGUUAUAUAUCAGUGUAUACCAUGCUAUCGGUUAAAACCAACUACAUCUACGCAACUCAUGGGAGAUCUACCCGACUAUCGAGUCCAGCCGUCGUUUCCGUUCACACGCACCGGGCUGGAUUUCGCCGGUCCAUUCAAUAUUCGUGGCAACCACAAACUACGAACCGCGCAGAUUACGAAAGGUUACAUCUGUGUAUUUGUGUGCAUGGCAACUCGUGCCCUUCAUCUGGAAGCGGUUUCAGACUUGACGUCGGAAGCCUUUCUCGGGGCCCUGCAACGGUUUGUCAGUCGUCGAGGUCUGAUCGAGAAUUUGUACUCCGACAAUGCAACCAAUUUUGAAGGCGCUAACAAUGAACUACGUCGUCUAGCUGAACUGUUUCGUGAUGAGCAACAUUGUCGUGAUCUUGAUACGUUUUGUACACAGCGAGGAAUCAAGUGGUCCUUCAUUCCGCCACGAAGCCCACACUUCGGGGGGAUUUGGGAAGCGGGUGUCAAAUCCGUUAAACGGCACCUCAUGCGAAUUUUGGCCGAGCAUAAUCUUUCCUUCGAGCAAUUCUCAACAGUGCUUACCCAGAUAGAGGCGAUUUUAAACUCGCGGCCAUUAACACCUACUUCAGACGAUCCAAACGAUGUUCGUACUAUCACUCCGGCCCAUUUUCUAAUCGGUCGGGAGUUUCAAGCGAUCCCAGAGCCUUCAUAUCAGCAAAUUCAUCCUGGUCGGCUGUCCAAGUGGCAGUUCGUCCAAGAUUUAAAGCAAAAAUUCUGGAACCUGUGGAUGACCCACUAUCUUCACGAGCUUCAGCAACGCCAGAAGGAUUUUAAAAUCACCACGUUCAAGAUUGGUGCGUUAGUAUUGGUCGUCGACGACAACGUACCUCCUUUGCAGUGGAUGCUUGCCCGUAUCAUUGAGCUGAUUCCAGGAAGAGACGGCCACACACGUGUGGUUGGUCUGCGUUUACCUAACGGCAAAACAACGACGAGGGCAAUCAAGAAGAUCUGUUUACUUCCAUUGGAUGGUGAAGGAGAAGAACCAGCCAUCCCUUCUUGA